GCUUGUGAAUGCGACACGCGUGGUCCAGCAGCAGGUUGCGGUUGGUUCAGGUCGGGACAGCGGCGCGCUCACGCACAUCGCUCAUGCUGACAUCAAACUUUUGCACAAAAAGAAAAAAGGUUGCUCGUCUCGAAAAAAAAACCUAUACAAAAACUGCCUGAAAAUGUCCCAGAACUCUUGGGCAGCUGCAGUGGAUGUUCAGGAGGCUACAUCCUUACAGCUUGACUUUUCCAAAAAAGUCAGUGGGCUUCGUGGUCCACGCAACAUGAUAGGAGACAUAAACGGCAAUAUCAUGCCGGGGAAGGCCGAAAUUGGAGGCUGGGGAGAGGGAGAGGAGAGAGUCAACCUGGCCGAGCAGUCUCUGCUGAACAAACUAAUCCGCCGCUCACUGGUGAGGAACCGAAACCAGGUGGAGGUCCUGCAGGCGGACCCCAACUCUCCACUUUACUCGGUGAAGACCUUUGAGGAGCUGAGACUGAAGCCUGAGUUGCUGAAGGGGGUGUACAAUAUGGGCUUUAACAGACCAUCCAGGAUCCAGGAAAACGCUUUGCCUAUGAUGUUGGCACAGCCACCUCAGAAUCUGAUUGCACAGUCGCAGUCUGGCACAGGUAAAACUGCUGCAUUCUCUCUGGCCAUGCUCAGCCAUGUAAACCCUGACAAUAAGUGGACUCAGUGCCUUUGCAUCGCACCGACGUACGAGCUCGCAUUGCAGACUGGUCAAGUCAUUGAGCAAAUGGGGAAAUUUUGUCCAGAUGUGAAGCUGGCAUACGCCAUUCGGGGAAAUAGAAUGGAGCGAGGAGCCAAGUUGCAAGAGCAGAUUGUCAUUGGUACACCGGGCACAGUCCACGAUUGGUGCACCAAGUACAAGCUCAUUGACCCCAAAAAAAUCACUAUGUUUGUGCUGGAUGAGGCUGAUGUGAUGAUCGCCACCCAGGGCCACCGGGACCAGAGCAUUCGAAUCCACAGACAGCUGCCGAUGAACUGUCAGAUGCUAUUUUUCUCUGCAACGUUUGAGGACUCCGUGUGGAGGUUUGCAGAGCAAAUUGUUCCUGAACCUAAUAUAAUCCGGCUAAAGCGAGAGGAGGAGACUCUGGAUACCAUCAAACAGUUCUAUGUGAACUGCAAAGAGAAAGAGGACAAGUUCACGGCACUCUGUAAUCUCUACGGGGCCCUUACCAUUGCACAGGCCAUGAUCUUUUGCAGGACCCGGAAGAUGGCUGCCUGGCUGACAGAAAGUCUGACCAAAGAGGGCCAUCAGGUGGCAUUGCUAAGUGGUGAAAUGACAGUGGAGCAGCGAGCUGCUGUCAUUGAACGCUUCAGGAGCGGCAAAGAGAAAGUGCUUGUGACCACGAAUGUGUGCUCAAGAGGUAUUGAUGUGGAACAGGUGUCUUUGGUGGUGAACUUUGACCUCCCAGUUGAUCUGGACGGGAAUGCUGACAAUGAGACAUACCUUCACCGGAUUGGCCGUACCGGCCGUUUUGGCCGACGUGGAUUUGCCGUUAAUAUGGUGGACAGCCAGCACAGCAUGGAUAUUAUAAAACAGAUUGAGAUGCAUUUCGACAGGAAAAUCAUCAAGCUUGACACUUCCAAUCUGGAGGAAAUGGAGAACCUGAUAAGCUGAAGUUGCAACAACCAGACAUGUUGCCUGAAAUGUUAAUGAUUCCCCCACCCCCCCCAAGGAUUUAUUGUUUGCAUUUUUAUUGUUUACAGAUGCAUGCGUGUGUUAACUGUGCAAAACAGAAAGUUUUCACUUUGAUUUUGUUUGCCUUUGUUCACUGACGUCACCUUAAAGCAUACAGGAGUGUUGGAUUGCAGUGUUCUUUAAUUUAUUUGUGCAGUGAAAUAUUAAUGUAGUUAGUAUAGAUGUUUGCAUGACUUGAGUUUCAUCAAAUAUCCUUGAGUGGCUUAAAGCAUUUUAAAAGUUUAAAAUGCCUGUCUUACUGUAGCGGGAGUCAUAAUUUCACGUGAGGAUGUUGCUGAGGUUUUUUUGUGGAUUAAAAAAAAAAAAAUCUUGUUGAAGCCUGCUGAGAAGAUGACUUAAAGUUUAAAAAAUAAGUGAAUAAAAAGAGAGAGACAGGGAGAGAAAUUA